CACUUUCGGACGCGCUUUCAAGGUUUUCUUCAUUCAGCUUUCAUUACUUUGGGCGGAGGGAGCUCUUUUUUUUUUUUUUGCGGGGAUGCGCCGACCUGGCAAGAAGAAAUCGCCAUCGAGCUCAGGCGUUGGCGACGUGCUGCGCUCGGACGACGAGCAAGAGGCGGACGAGGCAUUGAAUGCGGGGGACGACAACGCUGCGGAGGAUUUCAGACUGAAGCACAACACUCAGCAGCAGCAGCACCACGGCAGCAGCAGCAGCAGCAGCAGCGAUCCUCAUCAUCCUAAUCACCUGCAAUAUCAUCCACAAUAUCAACAACAACAGCAGCAGCAGGGUGAGCAUCAGCAUCAUCAGCAUCUGCAUCACCCACAUUCGCGCUCCGACCCGGCGAAUCCCGUCAUUGAGGACACUGUGCGAGUCGGCUCUGGCGUUCCAUUGUCCCAGUGGUCUGCCCUUCGACACCAGCAGCAGCAACAGCAGCACGCACUUCAUCACGGGCUGCAGAGUGAGCAGCAGCAGCAGGGGCAGCAGCAGCACCACGGCUCAAUCUUCAGCCUGCUCAAGAGCGCAGGUCGCGCGAGUUCACAGAAACCCGCCUCGUUCUCUUCCGCUUCCGCUGCCUCAGCUCAUCCCGUGCAGCUCGUCACUGCACAUCGCAGCGCGCUGAGUGAGACAGGCGUACGGGCUGGAUCCGGAGGAGCAGGAGGAGGGCCGCUCCAGGACGACGACUUUGACUCUGAUGACGAGAGUUCCUCUUCCGACACCGAUGCGCACACUGACUUGGGUCGCUCUCAUCGACCAGCGCCGCUCGAGUCGCAAGCCCAACCUCCAUCUCAAUUGGAUGCUGCCGUUGCUGCUGCUGCUGCUGCUGCUGCUGCUGCUACGACAACGGCGACGGCGACUACCGCAGUGGGCUCUGCGAGCUCAAUCUCCGACAAUGGCGGGUUUAGCUUCCCGGGUGCGUCCGCCGCGCGUCGGGCGGCCUGGGCGCGCAGGGGCAAGCAGUCGACCACGCUGCCAGCCAAGACAGACAGGAAUGCGCUUGCUGCCGCGUUCGCUCCGUCCAAUUUUUUCACGCUGCCCAGCCAGCAGCAGCACCAUCACGGCGGCAGUGCAAGCUCAAUGUCGACUCCAACGUCUCCAGGUCAUGCGUCUGGAGUACCUAGUACCGACGAAGAUGUCGCAUAUAGCUCGAUGAGGCGGAAGGGCUCCUCGAGUUUCAAGCGCUUCUUUGGAAGUGUUGGCAGCGAAACGGGACCUGUUUCGCUUCCCGGAAGUGCAAGCUUGCAAAGGCCCCAUCCGUAUGACCUGGAGCCCGCCUCAUCACGAUCAAGUUCAAGUUUUGAUCGUCAGGACUCUUCUUCGUCGACAGGGUCGGGCCACCAGCUGCCAUUCCGCGCCGUGGUCGAGGACUUUGGAAUUGCGGAAUUGGCGAAACAAUGGACAAUCAUUGACAUGGGGCUGUUUUGCAAAAUUGGGCACGAGGAAUUGUUGAGUUGCGCCUGGACGAAGAAAACUAAGCUGACUCUGACGCCAAAUAUUGUCGCGUUCACGCAGCGCUUCAACAAUGUUAUUUAUUGGAUGUCACAAGCCGUACUCACACCAUCUCAUGAGAAGGACCGAGCCGAGCUUGUGUCUUUGUUCAUCAAGCUUGCCAAGCAUCUUCUCAAGCUCAACAAUAUUAAUGGAGUCCAAGCUGUAGUGUCAAUGCUUCAAUCGACGCCCAUCUUUCGACUCUCCAAGACCUGGGCGCUUGUGAGCAAAAAGCGACGAGCGCGUUUCGAAAAGCUCGCAGACCUGAUGGCCGAGGAUUCCAAUCGCGUCAAACUGCGCGAGUACACGGCAAAUCUCCAUCUGCCCUGUAUUCCCUAUCUCGGCCUGUUUUUGAACGACAUUACUUACGUGGACAGCGCCUUUCCUGACCCAGCCUCGCCCGAGCGAAUGAGCAAAAUGAUGGAUAUUAUCGACCAGGUUACAAAGUACCAAAUGUCAAACUACGGCCACAUCCCGAUAGUCAUUCCUGUCCGCGAGUACUUGCUCUCCAUUCAGUAUCUGGACGAGUUGCGCACCUUCAUUGAGGACGACAACUACAAGCUGUCGCUCGAGCGUGAACCGAAAGCAUCCUUGGCACCCACACCCGUGCCGCCAGGGCACGACACGCUGUCUCCCUCGUUCCCGCCUGGUCUCUCGCUCAGCAGGAGUACUGGGCAUCUGCCGGUGCAUACGCCUCCUUCCUCUGGCACGCACACCCCGCUAUCGCAGCGGCUGUCGGGCGGAAGUUUGCGGCGAAAGCCGCGCACGCUGGUCUCGCAAGAUUCACUGCCAGCGCGCUUGUCUGACGCUGAGGCCUUCGAGUCGACGAGUCUUGAUUCGAAGGGCAGCCAGUCGUUGAGAAACAGUUCCAACCGCACACCAAAUCUGCUGGAUGACAGUUUCGACGCCACCGCGGCCGAUGCCGUCUCGUACUCGACCGGCGGAAGCAGCAGCGAUAUUACGGGUGAUGCGUCGAGCGCCGUGUCGCAUUCGUCGCUGCCUCACAUGCCUGACGGUCCGCACGGCGCUGCCGGCACUCUGCCUCAUUCCACUGUCUCUAGCACGACGCUUAGCUCUCAUGGCGACAGCCACCAGCACGGAUCCACGAGCGACAACUCAACGGUGUUUGAAGGCGCGCUGAAAGUCAAGCACUGCUACUAUCGUGGCAAGAAAGCUAAGGCGCGGAGCUGGAAGCGUGUUUGGGCUGUGUUGCAUCGUUCAGGCCACCUGCACCUCUUUGCAGAGAAGCGUCCGUCACGAAAUGAUCGGAGUGGGUUCAAACCAGAGGUAGACGAAGUCCUAAUACUGUCAUCGGACUCGCAAGUUGUGGUGGAUUCCACCUACACGAAACGACCGCACGUGCUGCAAUUGCUAGUCCGUGAACUCGACAAGCCCGAAGAUGGAGCGAUGCAUCUUCAUCAUCAUCAUUUUCAUCAUGAUGAUCAUGAUCAUCAUCAGCAACAGCAGCACCAUCAAUCGCAUCACGAAAUGUUUGGGCUGCACUUGCAUUUCCACGGAUCUCCUGCUCCAAGUCACGCUGAAAGUGGCAGCAGAACGGAUCUCCAUUCAGAGUACAAAGUCCAGACACAGUCAUCAGAUGAUAUGCAACUCUGGUUGUUCUAUCUCCUUCAAGUUCACAAUGACUUGCAGGCGCGAACCCAUAUCGACAAGUCUCGGUACACAAAUUUAAUGUCCUUCACAGACAGCUAAGUCGAGGAGGCGGUGUCACCCUGAUCAGAACACAGAUGCCCUUGUCUUCCCUCUUGUGUUGCAGCCUUGGUUGGCUUGAGUGUAUACAAUAUUUAUGCUGGUACACAUGCACACCC